AUGUCUUCAGUACACCCUACAGCUUCUGAGGAUUCUAAACCUAUCCCUCAUACAACAUCUAUCAUUACUUCAAACACGAAAACUGGCAAUCAACCCCUUCCUGAUACGCAAGCUUCUCCAAAACGCCCCCUACGGCCAAAUGCACCAUCUUCAUUUCCAUCCCCUAUACCAAGCAUCCCUCCGGCCAUAGCACUGAAGGCAUCAUGUGGAGAUCGUUCCUUCAAUCGAAAUUCACGACAAUUGUGUGUAUUGGACAGUCCUGGACUUCGCACACCACCUCAAGGUUCUUCAUCUAUCUAUUUAACAAUGUCACCAUUGAGUACAGCACCCUUGCCUCGAAGUGAGUCACACAGCGAUUAUUUUCAGGAACACCGUUCCCGCGGAUCAAGCCGAUCACGCAGCGGUCAUGACAUGCUCAAUGUAGCAUCAGGCGGGGUGUCACCUGUACUGCCCAGGGAAGAAUACUCCACGACGCGCCCAUCACCGAAAGACUCAUAUAUCACUUCGAAUGGAUAUACGUGUACCACGGAUAGUUUGCCCUCAAUCUUAGGUGGGCCAAAGACUCCAUACAAGGCACGCAGGCCAAGCUCCGACAGUCUCACCAUGGUCAAGCAUAAGAAGAGGAGAAAGACUGAAGGCGCGAAGCACCGACGAUGCGGAGGUACUUGCAGUCGAGGGAGAAAAAAGACGGCUGAGAAAAUGGCUAUAGAAGAGCGCAGUCACAGCCCAAAUCCAUGGCCUCCAAGUCAGGUCGUCCCAACAGCCCUGAAAGACACAAAAGUCCCAAGCCCUCGUAAGAGUAAGUACCUGCCGAUGAGACGGGAUAGAAGAAGACUUAUGUCUGAGCCAGCCACUCCAAUCGUUUCAAGAAGAUGGAGUUCGGUUGAGGUUGGAACGCGCCAAGUGAAACUUCCUCCGUUAUUGAAACAGGACUCUGCAAAACAUAUGCAGGCAAAAGGGCCAAUUUUUCAAAAUGAGAUUUUCAACACCACCCCCCUCAAUGAACGAAACAGAAGUUCAUCGUUCACUGCCGGUGCUGAGUACAAUGACGUAGUGCGCUCUCUUCGAGAGAGAUUGACUACUCGCAAAUUGCCAAAUAGUCAGAAACUGAUGCCGUCCGCCAUAACGUUGAGAAGACCAAGUGCAUCAAAUAGAUCCGAUAUGAGUAGCACAAUGGCGACCUCGGGAUUUCUAACAACUCCAGGAACCGGCUCUGUAAUACCUUCCAUUUCAAGUCGCCAGGCGACAUUCACGGAGAACCAGCCACAUGAUUCGGAAGCAUACAUCAUCACUCGUGAGGAUGUUGAAGUUGUAAUGGAAUUGCUCCAGACAAAUAUGCUUAACACCCGGGAAGCUCAUACCCCAGUCUCAGCACCACACGGAUCGAGCGUUGAAGAACAGUCCCCGCGGGGUACCAGACUACCAUCAUUGUCUUUUACGCACAGAGGCAUGGUGCCUGUAGUUCGUCACACUCCCUGUGAAAUCCAAAUAUACGCAGCUCAGUCAGAGAAUUCGCGAGAGGCAUCUCAAAACGGAAAUACUACUUCAGCAAAUUUAUCCCCUGUUAUAUCUCGUUCUCAAACAAAUAUUUUGGAUCCUGCCAAUCCAGGACAGUUCUUGGAGAUCUCUCAAACGGAGUUUGGGCGGCUUGAUAGACUUUCAGAAGAGGGAUCUGAACGAAGUGUGCACGAAGUAAUCUGGGAGGAGCGUGGCUCAACGGAAUCUCAUUUGACAGAGAGAGAUCAUGUCCAUUCCGAGGUUGAUUCCUCAGAGUGCUCUAGCAAAGCCAACACUCCAUUACUAAGUGCUACUACCAGUGCUAGAAAUGACGACGCAAGGCCAUGCUUUCAAUUUCUCAAGUCUUCUAAGCAAGACCACCGACCUAGGGAAGAAAAAGGUGCUUUUGAUCCCAAAAAUGCACGAAUGUCAAUAAGUAAAUGGUCAUGGCAAUGUGAAUCACAAGCAAAUGAGGACGAUGGUAAUCUCAUCGCAACCACGGAGCAAGAACCACACAAAGAUCAUGUAAUCUCAUUUCCUCCACUACCGAGGAAAUCAACCAAUGAGUGGCGCUCUCCACUUCCGGAUAUGUCUAUUCCUAUCCGUGAUUCCAAGAUUUUGGGUGGUAUGCUUCCUCAGGUGCAUGGAAGCUGCCACUCUCAUUCCCUCUAUAGUAUUGGAGUUGAUGCUCGGACUGCACCAGGUCCAAGUCCGCCUAUGAUGAGCGGCAUGGCAACAACCCCAACAACGCGAAGUUCCUGGUUAAAUGAAACGGCCAUCAGUCCUCCAGAGAGAAUAUCCCCCUGGUUGCCAAUCUCUGAAUCCGGGACUUUAAAACGGCAGAAAUCCGAAACCCAUCUCCCUCGCCAAAAAAGUGUCGUCAAAGCACACCCUAAAGCGCCAGCUCGCUCUGGCAAUGCUGCUGCGAUUGGAUCCUCAAUUGGGUCGUUCACAAGAGUUCGAAGACGAGCGACCUCACAAGACUUGUCUAAAUCGAGGAAAGUCGCCAUGUUUGAUAAUCCGCUGGUAAAAUCCGAUUACUGUCAAGAACGAAAAACAUGGUUCCAAUCUAUACAAGACAUAGCCCGUCCUAGAUUGACUCUACAGGGCGAGACGGAAGCAGCAGGCUUUUGGUCGACGCUUGCCACGCGUCACGCUAGCAAAGAUCAUGCUGCACGUUCAACUCCCUCUCCCCCUGCAAGCCCUCACUGUAACCUGAAGAACGAAGCGAAUCACCAUAACAUCCAACCUACGACAUAUUCGAGCAUAUCGGAGAUGUUCUCGCCACCAAGGUCAUCGGCUCGGCAAAGCUUAUCCAUGAUCCAAGACAAAUAUCCUUCCUUUCAGAAAUCAGAUUUAAAGUCGCAUACUUCCAGAACGAGAAAGAUUUCGUCGCCAGGAAUGUCUGCUGCGCGCGAAAGUCUAUUGAAAAUUCAAGAGAGGUAUCCUUCGCCACCGAAACCGGACCAUAGUGAUUCUUGGACAGGAUCAGAAUACUUAUUCCUAACCACCGGGAUUAAAGAAAACGGACACAGCUCUUGGAUCGCCUCAUGGAAAGGAAGAGUCGUCGAACUAGGAAAACCAGUGAUUCCUCUUCGUCCACAUAUUCAUAGCUCGUUGCCUAAUGAUUUGAAUUGUAGGGAAGAGGCCAGUAAAUGGGAAAAAACACCAAUUCUAGCUGUCGAACUAAGAAAACCUGGGACCUCCAUUACGACAGUGGCUACAUAA